UUCCGGGUUAGCCAUGUGUAUGCUGCAAUCACAAAAAAAUCUUGAAACUCGCCAAUUUUAAUCAUUUAGUGUUUAUGCUGUAAUAUUUCAACGCAUUGUACCUACAAUCCUUUUCACAAUAUUGCAUCAUUUGACUUGAUUAGUAUAAUAUCAAUUUUUAAUACACGAAUCUUUGGAUUUCUGUAUAAUGGAAACCAACAGUUCACCGGCUGUUGGAGAUGGACCAGAACAGAGUAUACCAAAAGUGAAGUCUGAAAAAGAACUUUUGAAAGAAAAACAAAAACAAGAAAAACUUGAAAAAUUUAUGGCAAAACAAGAAAAACUCAAACAGAAACAAGAUCAACCCAAGAAAGAAGGGGACACCCAGAAAAAGAAAGAAAAGAAGGAAAAAACUGUUGUGCAGUAUGAAGGAAACACAAAACCAGGUCAUAAAAAAGACAUAUCUGGGGUGAUGCCAGAUUCCUACAGUCCUCAGUAUGUAGAGGCUGCUUGGUAUGACUGGUGGGUGGAACAGGGUUUCUUCAAACCAGAGUAUGGUGGAAGAGAUUUUACCAACGUAGCCUAUGAAGAUAAAUUUGUGAUGGUAAUACCUCCCCCUAAUGUUACUGGAUCAUUACAUUUAGGCCAUGCUCUUACAAAUGCUGUAGAAGAUGCUAUAACUAGAUGGCACAGAAUGCAUGGUAAGAUUGUCUUGUGGAACCCUGGCUGUGAUCAUGCUGGUAUAGCGACACAAGUUGUGGUCGAGAAAAAACUAAUGAGGGAGAAGAAAAUAAGUCGACAUGAACUUGGAAGAGAAAAAUUUGUGGAACAAGUGUGGAACUGGAAAAAUGAGAAAGGAGACAGAAUAUAUCAUCAGUUAAAGAAACUAGGAGGAUCUUAUGAUUGGGACAGAGCUUGUUUUACCAUGGAUCCAAAAUUGUGCACAGCUGUGAAGGAGGCUUUCAUCAAACUACAUGAGAAGAAGUUGAUCUACCGAUCUGUCAGACUUGUGAACUGGUCCUGUACACUGAAAUCUGCCAUAUCAGAUAUAGAGGUUGACAAGAAAGAAUUAAGUGGUAGAACAUUUUUACCAGUACCAGGGUAUAAAGACAAAGUUGAGUUUGGUGUUCUGGUGUCUUUUGCCUACCCUGUUGAAGAUUCAGAUCAAGAACUAGUUGUGGCCACCACACGUAUAGAGACCAUGUUAGGUGAUACUGCUGUAGCUGUACAUCCAGAAGACAAGAGAUAUUCACACCUCCAUGGAAAGUUUGUCAAACAUCCAUUUGUUGAUCGUAGGAUGCCAAUCGUCUGUGAUGACUUUGUUGAUAUAGAGUUUGGUACAGGUGCUGUGAAGAUUACACCUGCUCACGAUCAGAAUGAUUAUGAGUGUGGAAAACGACAUAAUUUACCAUUUAUUACAAUGAUUGAUGAUGAAGGCAAUAUAUCAGCUGAUUGUGGAGAAUUUAGUGGAAUGAAAAGAUUUGAAGCUAGAAAAGCAGUGUUGAAAGCUCUAAAAGACAAGGGUUUAUAUAAAGAAACUAAAGAUAACCCUAUGGUUGUGCCAAUCUGCAGUCGAUCUAAAGAUGUGAUAGAACCUUUAUUGAAGCCUCAGUGGUAUGUUAGUAUGCAGAGUAUGGCGGAUGCAGCUGUUAAGGUUGUUAGAGAUGGGGAGCUGAAGAUUAUUCCAGAAAUGCAUAUACAGACUUGGAACAAAUGGCUUGAAAAUUCACGUGAUUGGUGUAUUUCCCGACAGUUAUGGUGGGGACAUCGUAUCCCAGCCUACUUUGUUACUAUUAAUGAUCCCAGCAUACCUGCAGGUUCAGAUACAGAUGAGAACUACUGGAUUGUUGCAAGAUCAGAAGAUGAGGCUAAACAAAAAGCUGCAGAUAAAUUUGGUGUUACUGUAGACAAGAUAUCAUUAAAACAAGAUGAAGAUGUGUUAGAUACAUGGUUUUCAUCAGGAAUAUUUCCUUUCUCGAUAUUUGGAUGGCCAGAACAGACAAAAGAACUGAAUGCAUUUUAUCCUGGAACAUUACUAGAAACAGGACAUGAUAUUCUAUUUUUCUGGGUCGCUAGGAUGGUGUGUAUGGGACUUGUGUUGAUGGGAAAACUGCCCUUUAAAGAGGUAUAUUUACAUGCAAUGGUGAGAGAUGCUCAUGGAAGGAAGAUGAGUAAAUCCUUAGGAAAUGUGAUAGAUCCAUUAGAUGUUAUAUAUGGUAUAACUUUGAAGGACCUCCACAGUAGACUUGAAGAUGGUAAUUUGGAAGAGAAAGAGGUUAAAAAAGCACAGGAAGGACAGAAAGCAGAUUACCCCAAUGGUAUCCCUGAAUGUGGAACUGAUGCACUGAGAUUUGCCCUGGUUGCAUAUACUUCUCAAGGAAGGGACAUUAAUUUAGAUGUUUUAAGAGUCCAAGGCUAUAGAUUUUUCUGCAAUAAAUUAUGGAAUGCCACAAAAUUUGCAAUGAUUGCUCUUGGUGAUAAUUUUAAACCAGAACCAGAACACAAGUUAAGUGGAAAAGAAAAAGAGAUGGACUUAUGGAUACUGAGUAGGCUGAACUAUGCUAUAGAACAGGCUAACCUAGGAUUUGCUAAUUAUGACUUCCAGACAGCUACUACUGGAUGUUAUAACUUCUGGUUGUAUGAACUUUGUGAUUGGUACUUGGAACACAUCAAACCACUUAUUUAUGGAGAUAAUGAAGAAGAAAAGACUGUUUCAAGAAAUGUCUUGUAUACAUGUUUAGAUGUUGGUCUUCGGUUGUUACAUCCUAUCAUGCCUUUUGUGACAGAAGAACUGUAUCAACGGUUACCAAGGAGAUCAGAUAAACAUGCACCUAGUAUAUGCAUAGCUCCUUAUCCACAUGUUGAUACAUACCCACACAGAUCUACCAAUCUAGAGUCAGAUGUUGAUUUGGUCCAGACUGUUGUUAAAAGUAUAAGAUCAACUCGAGCAGAUUAUAAUUUAGUCAAUAAAAAUAAAACUGAUGUGUACUUAAAGUGUGAUACAACAGAAACAGCCUCUAUAUUGAAGAGGUACACAGAUCUGAUAGAAACCUUGACAUUUUGUGCUAGUCUUAACGUUCUGGUUGGGGACUCUCCACCUGAGGGAUGUGCUGUACAGACUGUGUCAGCUAAAUGUGAAUGUCACAUCAUGUUAAAGGGUAUAAUUGAUAUUCCAAAAGAAAUCAGUAAACUGAAUGGCAAGAAAGACACACUGUCUGGGCAGUUACAAAAAUUAAAAGACACAACAGCUAAAGAAGAUUACACUACUAAAGUACCAGAGGAUGUCCAACAAAAGAAUUCUCAGAAGAUGAGUGAAACAGAAAUAGAAAUAGAAAAAUUAACACAAGCCAUAGCUACUUUAGGAAGAAUGUAG